CACUCCGCGAUCUCCAAAACCAAACUACCCUUUCUUUGUUCAGCUACGCGCUCACUCAGCACUCAGCACCCAGCACCCAGCACCCAGCAUCAUACCACAUAGAAUCUAAUCCAUGGCUCUCCGUUCUCUCGUCGCCCGGAUGACCCUAAUUUCCACCUUCAUGGCCACCACAGGGCUAGGGCUAGGACAACUGCGGGGAUUCCAGACUUUCUCGCUCCCUGAUCUCCCCUACGAUUAUGCCGCUCUAGAGCCUGUUAUUAGUGCCGAGAUAAUGCGGCUUCAUCACCAGAAACAUCAUCAGACUUAUAUUACUAACUAUAAUAAGGCUCUUGAGCAACUUCAUGACGCUAUGGAGAAGGGCGAUUCUGCCACCGUUGUCAAGUUGCACAGCGCCAUCAAGUUCAACGGUGGAGGUCAUAUCAACCACUCCAUUUUCUGGAAGAAUCUUGCUCCCACCCGUGAAGGAGGUGGCGAACCCCCACAUGGUUCUCUCGCUCGGGCUAUUGACACAGAUUUUGGCUCAUUGGAAAAGUUAACACAAACAAUGAACGCAAAAGGUGCUGCUGUACAAGGAUCUGGAUGGGUGUGGCUUGCUGUGGACAAAAAAUUUAAGAAGCUUGUGGUUGAGACUACUGCUAAUCAGGAUCCAUUGGUAACUAAAGGACCAACUUUAGUUCCAUUGCUUGGUAUUGAUGUUUGGGAGCACGCAUACUACUUACAGUACAAAAAUGCAAGAUCAGACUAUCUUACGAACAUAUGGAAGGUAAUGAAUUGGAACUAUGCAAGUGAAGUUUAUGCAAAAGAAUUUUCUUCAGCUUAGAGGGCUUUCCAUCCUUUGAUGGAAAUGACUUUGUAUGUAGGCUAUGUUUAAAAGAUGUAAUAUAAUGAGAUCAUGUUGUAGAAUAUAGAGACUCCCAUAUUUUCCCCUAUUAUCAGAAAUUCUUCUACCUCCCUUUUUAAUUGGUUUUU